UGACGGAGCUGCAGGAGCAGAGCCCGGUGCUGGAGUUGGGGGGUUUUGGGGGGCUGGCUCUGCGCCCCCCCCAUCUCCCCCCCCUUCUCCGGGCCCUCAAGCUGCAGGCACCGCUGCGGCAGCUCCGGCUGCGGGGCUGCGGGCUCCCCGACGCCAUGGCCACCCAGCUGCUGGCCACGCUGGCCACCCUGCCAGCCCUCACCCUCCUGGACCUGGCGGGGAACCAGCUGGGACCCCAGGGGCUGCAGCAGCUGCUCCCCCAGCCCCCCCACACCAGCCCUGCCCUGCAGAGCCUGGAGGAGCUGGACCUGAGCCUGAACCCUCUGGGGGACGCUGGGGGGCGCUCUCUGUCGCUGCUGCUGCCGCUCUGCCCCGCGCUCACCGCGCUGCGUCUGCGGGGCUGCGGUUUCUCCCCCGCCUUCCGCCUGCAGGGCGCCGAGGGGCUGCAGACCCUCUCCUUGUCCUUCAACCCCCUGGGGCCGGUGGGGCUGGAGCGGCUCCUGGGCAACCUCUGCUGCCGCAGCCUGAUCCGCCUGGAGCUGGGCUCCGUCACCCCCCCGGGCCACCAGCCCCCCGCCGGGGCCAUCGCCCGCUUCCUGGCACAGGAGGGAUGUGCCCUCGGCCACCUCACGCUCUCGGGGAACCACCUGGGGGACAGGGACCUCCUGGAGGUGGCCAGGCUGCUCCGUGGCCCCUUUGGACGCCGGGACUCGAGCCAGAGCCACCCGGCAAAUCCGGGACCUGCGCCUCUGCGGGCGCCACCUCCACCGCAGGGACCGGGGGGGACCCCCUCCUCCCCCCCUUUGUCCCCGGCCCCCCCCCUCACCGUAAGCUCUGGGGGCGGCCUCACCCCCUUUUUAACCCGUUACACCCCCUUUUUACCCAAUACACCCCCUAUUUAUGGAGGAGAAGGGUGAUUUUUUGGGCGGGAGACGACGUUUCGGUGUCGCUCCUUUUAUUAUUCUCUUGGUUUAACAGCACAAAGGGAACUGGGAUGGCACUGGGAGGCACUGG